GGAGAUAUUACACGGGACCCUGCCCGCAGAGACAGGCACAAAGUCACAGGGUAAUGAACUUAGGGGACCCUUUGCCGCUGCGUGCGCGGUUCUCCCCGGAAACCGAGACCUCGCCGCCUCUUCCCUCGGAAGACUUCCCAGCCAUCUAGUUGUCCCACUCCGCGCUCCGCUCCCAGCAGCGCGGAGCCAAUCGGCCUCUGAGACUGCGGUCUUGUCGCUUCCUUCUUUCCUCACAAGACCCGCGGUCUGCAGAGAUCUGUCCGCAUUCUGGAUGCCUAUGGAAGGGAGAGACUGAAGACUAAGAGACAGGAAUAGCGAGAGCGAGAGAUUUUGCCCUUUACGCUUCGUAGGAAGAUCAUUUUCGCGUCUUCACCUCUGUCCUUCAAUCCCCCUCUCGUGCUGUCCUCCUCCCUUUUCCUUCAGCCAGCCUGUCCGUCUCUCCAUCUGUCUGUCCAUGCGUGUGUCCAUAUCAACAUUCCCAGCAGCUGCAGUUUUGCAAGAGCCGGGAAGAAACUCAAGGAUGCUUACGUUUCCACUGUGGAACGAAUUCUGAGCGCCCGGGGAGCAGCGCAGUGCGCGCGACCUACACCCACCUGUCCGGCCCGGGAGCCUCGCAGGCUGGAGGGCGGCUGGAGAGCGGCGGCGCAGGGCAGCGAGGCUGGCGCUGCCGGCCGGGACACGGGCAGCGCCCACCAACCGCUCCGCCCCGGGACCGCCAGCAUGAGCAAGCCGGCCGGAUCAACAAGCCGCAUUUUAGAUAUCCCCUGUAAAGUGUGUGGUGACCGCAGCUCCGGGAAACACUACGGAGUCUACGCCUGUGACGGCUGUUCCGGGUUUUUCAAACGGAGUAUCCGAAGGAAUCGGACCUAUGUCUGCAAAUCUGGAAACCAGGGAGGCUGCCCCGUGGAUAAGACUCACAGAAACCAGUGCAGGGCGUGUCGGCUGAAGAAGUGUUUGGAAGUCAACAUGAACAAAGAUGCCGUACAGCACGAGCGGGGGCCUCGGACUUCCACCAUCCGCAAACAAGUGGCCCUCUACUUCCGCGGACACAAGGAGGAGAAUGGGGCGGCCGCGCACUUCCCCUCGGCCGCGCUGCCGGCACCGGCCUUCUUCACCGCGGUCACACAGCUGGAACCGCACGGCCUGGAGCUGGCCGCAGUCUCCACGACGCCUGAGCGGCCGACCCUCGUGAGCCUGGCUCAGCCCACGCCCAAGUAUCCCCAUGAAGUGAAUGGGACCCCAAUGUAUCUCUAUGAGGUGGCUACGGAGUCUGUGUGUGAAUCAGCUGCCAGGCUUCUCUUCAUGAGUAUCAAGUGGGCCAAAAGUGUGCCAGCUUUCUCAACGCUGUCUUUGCAAGAUCAGCUGAUGCUUUUGGAAGAUGCUUGGAGAGAACUGUUUGUUCUAGGAAUAGCACAAUGGGCCAUUCCGGUUGAUGCUAACACUCUGCUGGCUGUAUCUGGCAUGAAUGGUGACAACACAGAUUCCCAGAAGCUGAACAAGAUCAUAUCUGAAAUACAGGCUUUACAAGAGGUGGUGGCUCGAUUUAGACAACUCCGCUUAGAUGCUACUGAAUUUGCCUGUCUAAAAUGCAUCGUCACUUUCAAAGCUGUUCCUACACACAGUGGUUCUGAAUUGAGAAGUUUCCGGAAUGCUGCCGCCAUCGCAGCUCUUCAAGAUGAGGCUCAGCUAACUCUCAACAGCUACAUCCAUACCAGAUAUCCCACUCAACCCUGUCGCUUCGGAAAACUCCUGUUGCUUCUACCAGCUUUACGUUCUAUUAGCCCAUCAACCAUCGAAGAAGUGUUUUUCAAAAAAACCAUCGGCAACGUGCCCAUUACAAGACUGCUGUCAGAUAUGUACAAAUCCAGUGAUAUCUAAGCUCUAAAAGUACCCACUUUUCAGGAUGGGACAGUGUCAGAUGAACUUCUACACAUGGAGAACAAGCCUCAACUAACAAAUCCUUCAGGAAGCAUAAGCCUGGGAACGUGUAGCCUUCAGGAAAAAAAAAAAAGCCAACCGACACAAAGCAAGUCCAGCAGCUCUGGCCUGCUGCCUCCACCAGGGUAGGGCGGCCCGGAAGGAAAGGGAGCCAAAGGCGACUGCCAUGCCCUGGGAGUGGGGCGGAGUCGGGGUUGCCACAGUCCUUGUCAUUCUGCCUCUUACCUGGAAGACUGUGCUGAACUACCCAAAGCUGAAACACAAGUAGUGCUUUCUUUUCCUUCCUGGCGCAUAAAGUUAGGGAACCAAACAUUGCUCUGUGAAUAACAUUGUACAGCAGCCUUCAGAACGACCUCAUGUUGGAGCAUUUAUCUGAAAAAUAAUGGAUAGGUUUUAAAUCAUUUUAUCAAAAGUUUCCCUUCUAUUGUAAUACAUCAUUAAAUGGCCUUCAGAACUGAGUUAAUAAGUGAAAAAUAGCUUAUGCCGUGUGAUUUGCUUUUUCCCUAUCUUCUUUUUUCUUUCCUUUCUCUUUCUUUUGUUCUUUCUUCUUCUUUUUAAUACCGUAGGCCAGGCAACAUUGUCAAAGGAACUGGUGGAUGAAAAUGAGAUUCUCACCAGGACUGCAAGUUGGGUAACAUCUUAAAAAUAGAAGACCUUUACUAAAAGAACACAGUUGAGGGAGGAUGAAUAAAAACAGCAAAACCAAAUAGAGUGGAGAUGAGUGGCUGAGCGAGGCAGAUUGCUGUCCCGUUAACAUAGUGCUGAAACCAAAGGCAGCGGGGGUCCAAACUCGUGGUUCGGUGAGUCACACCAGGCAGUGAAUAAACACAGACAUAAGGCCAGAAGGGACUUCAAGGCGACGAACGCUGAAAGGUUUCCUGAUUGGUCUAUUGCUAACAGUCUGAGACUCAUCAAUGCCUUUCAGAAAACUCUGGUUUCUAGUAAAGCCUUGGUCAAGUGCACAUGUGUGUACACACACACACACACACACACACACACGCACACAUAUACACAUACACAAACUGUCCUACACUAUAAGCUGCUCCUUUGGUAUGAAUCUAUACUUAUGGAAAAUGUAGAAACAAACAUUUAAAAAAUAGCUGCUGUACUUUUCACAUUUUGAUUUAUUAGGUACUAGCACUGAGGAAAACAAAAUCAGCACUUGGACUAUCAUAGGAUGAAUAAAACUUUUCUUGUACAAAGUGAAUCAACUGAUUUGUGAAGUUAAAAAGUUGUACUCAUUGUAUUUACAAAGAAUAAAAAUAUAUUGAAUUUAAAUGA